AUGAAAAAUACAACAACCAGUAAGUAUGUGCUCAAAGAUAUACAUGACAUGUAUAUUUUUCUUAUUAAUGUAAGUGGUAAAACUGAAACUUGUAAUGAAAUAUGUGAUUGCGCAAAGAAGAGUGCCCAAAGAUAUGAAAAUAAUAUGGAAUCAUGUAAAUACAAUAGCUACAAAUAUUUUUGCAAUGAAUUAAGAAAUAUAAAAGAACAAUAUGAUGAAAAAAUGAUAAGCAAAAUUUGUGGACCCGAAACUCCUAAAACAUUACCUUCCUUACAAAGCUAUAACAUAACGAUAAAGAAAGGAAUAUACUGGAAUUAUCCGAAGAAUGCACUUAUGAUUUUAGAAGCAAUAAAUAUAUCAUAUUAUAUAACACUAACAAAUUCUUUCAUUAAAAAUAUAAUAUGA